AUGUCUGGAGCCUUGGAUGACGACGUCUAUAAGGUUGGCGAUGCCAUCACGACAGAGGACUGCUGGACUGUUAUCUCUGCGUUUUUCGAGGAAAAAGGUCUGGUUUCGCAGCAGCUAGAGUCGUUUGACGAGUUCAUUGAGACCGCCAUCCAGGAACUUGUGUGGGAAGACCCGCGCUUGAUCCUGGAUCAGCCUGCUCAACAUGCCACCGAGGAUGAUGACAUCAACCGUCGUUAUGAGCUGACUUUUGGAAAGAUAUAUCUUUCGCGGCCCACGAUGACCGAAGCUGAUGGUACCACCCACGCGAUGUUGCCUCAGGAGGCACGUUUGAGAAACCUCACGUAUUCGUCGCCACUCUACAUUGAAAUGCGCAAACGUGUUUUAGAGAGUGUUGAUGACGAAAACAACUCCAACGCAGCACUCAACUGGGUUGAACAGGGAACCAUAGAGGCCGAGAGGGAAGGAAGACCCGCUCCCGAAGCCGGCGUUGAAGAGCAAAUUCCUACGCUUUUCAUUGGUAAGGUCCCUAUUAUGCUGCGGUCCAAAUUCUGUACUUUGAACGGUUUGACGGAGACUGAUUUCUACGAUGUCAGAGAGUGUCCAUACGAUAUGGGUGGUUAUUUCGUGAUCAACGGUUCUGAAAAGGUUCUUAUUGCGCAGGAAAGAAGUGCUGCCAACAUCGUUCAGGUGUUUAAAAAGGCAGCCCCAUCUCCAAUCUCUCAUGUUGCUGAGAUUAGAUCCGCGCUGGAGAAGGGAUCGCGUCUGAUCAGCAGUAUGCAGGUCAAGCUGAUGAGAAGCGGAGGAGGUCGCAGCGGUGGAGUUGUUGGAAGAACCAUCAAAGCCACGUUGCCAUAUAUUAAGCAGGACAUUCCUAUUGUGAUUGUAUUCAGAGCUCUGGGUGUCGUCCCCGAUGGAGAAAUUCUUGAACAUAUCUGCUAUGACCAGAACGAUUGGCAGAUGCUUGAGAUGCUGAAGCCAUGUGUUGAAGAAGGUUUCCUCAUCCAAGACAGAGAAGUCGCCCUCGAUUUCAUUGGAAGAAGAGGUAAUGCUGUUGGUAUCAGAAAAGAAAAGCGUAUACAAUUUGCCAGAGACAUCUUGACGAAGGAAUUUUUGCCUCACAUCACUCAAGAGCCAGGCUACGAGAACAGAAAGGCAUUUUUCCUUGGUUACAUCGUGAACAGAUUGUUGCUGUGUGCUUUGGAGAGAAAGGAGCCUGAUGAUAGAGAUCAUUUUGGUAAGAAAAGACUGGAUCUAGCUGGUCCUUUGCUUGCCAAUCUGUUCAGAAUUCUGUUCAAGAAGCUCUCCAGAGACAUCUACCGUUACAUGCAAAAAUGUAUCGAGACCAACAAAGAAUUCAACUUGGCUCUUGCAGUCAAGUCCACAACAAUUACAUCCGGUCUGAAGUACUCUUUGGCCACAGGUAACUGGGGUGAGCAAAAGAAGGCCAUGAGCUCCAGAGCUGGUGUCUCGCAGGUGUUAAACAGAUACACAUAUUCGUCUACACUGUCGCAUUUGCGGAGAACAAACACUCCUAUUGGAAGAGACGGAAAGUUGGCCAAGCCUCGUCAACUUCAUAACACCCAUUGGGGUCUUGUUUGUCCCGCUGAGACUCCAGAAGGCCAGGCUUGUGGUCUUGUUAAGAACCUUUCGCUUAUGACAUGUAUCUCGGUUGGUACUCCAUCCGAUCCUCUGCACUAUCUUUUGGAAGAAUGGGGUAUGGAGCCUCUGGAGGAGUAUGAUUCCCAGGAACACGCAAAUGCCACAAGAGUCUUCUUGAACGGUGUUUGGGUCGGAACUCAUCGUGAGCCUGCCCUUUUGGUCAACACCAUGAGACAGCUGCGUAGAAGAGGAGACAUUUCCCCCGAGGUAUCCAUUAUCAGAGAUAUCAGAGAGAGGGAGUUCAAGAUUUUCACCGAUGCAGGCAGAGUUUACAGACCUCUUUUCGUGGUGGACGAUGAUCCAGAGAGCGAGCAUAAGGGUGAGCUGAAGCUCACCAAAGAGCAUUGUCGCAAGAUCAUCAACAGCGAGGAGGAUGAUACUGCGGUCUACGAUGACGAAGAGGAAGAUGAGGGUCCUAAGACUUUUGGCUGGACGUCUCUGGUCAACCACGGUGUGGUUGAGUAUGUCGACGCAGAAGAAGAGGAAACCAUUUUGAUCGCGAUGUCUCCUGAAGACCUGGCUCCUGUUACCACCGAUGUUGUUCAGCAAGCAGAGUUGGAUCCCGCUAAGAGAAUCAAGUCUGCUGUGAACCUGGCAUCUCAUUCUUUCACACAUUGUGAGAUUCAUCCAUCCAUGAUUCUCGGUGUGGCCGCUUCCAUCAUUCCGUUCCCAGAUCACAACCAGUCUCCGCGUAAUACCUAUCAGUCCGCUAUGGGUAAGCAGGCCAUGGGUGUGUUUUUGACCAACUACAACGUGCGUAUGGAUACCAUGGCCAACAUUCUUUACUAUCCACAAAAGCCAUUGGCAAAGACCCAAGCCAUGGAGUACCUCAAGUUCAGAGAGCUUCCAGCCGGUCAAAACGCUGUGGUUGCAAUUGCUUGUUAUUCGGGUUACAACCAGGAAGAUUCCAUGAUUAUGAACCAAUCUUCCAUCGACAGAGGUCUCUUCAGAUCUCUUUUCUUCAGGUCGUAUAUGGAUCAGGAGAGAAGAAGCAUGUCUGUCGUGGAGGAGUUUGAGAAGCCAAACCGUAGUAAUACCUUGAGAUUGAAGCAUGGUACUUACGAGAAGCUGGACGAAGAUGGGUUGAUUUCUCCAGGUGUUAGAGUGUCUGGUGAAGAUAUCAUUAUUGGUAAGACUGUUCCUAUCCCUGCCGAUACAGAGGAGUUGGGCCAGAGAACCAAAUACCACACUAAGAGGGAUGCUUCCACUCCUCUGAGAUCUACCGAAAACGGUAUCGUCGAUCAGGUAUUGCUGACGACCAACCAAGAAGGUCUGAAAUUCGUCAAAGUGAGAAUGAGAACCACCAAGAUCCCACAGAUAGGUGACAAGUUUGCUUCUCGUCACGGUCAGAAGGGUACCAUUGGUGUGACUUACAGACACGAGGAUGUCCCAUUCACCGCUGAAGGAAUUGUUCCUGAUCUGAUCAUCAAUCCACACGCCAUUCCAUCUCGUAUGACAGUGGCCCAUUUGAUUGAGUGUUUGCUGAGUAAGGUUGGUUCUCUUAGAGGAUAUGAAGGUGAUGCUACUCCUUUCACGGACCUGACCGUGGAUGCUGUUUCCAGGCUUCUUAGAGAGAACGGAUACCAAUCCAGAGGUUUCGAGGUCAUGUACAACGGGCACACCGGUAAAAAGUUGAUGGCUCAGGUGUUCUUCGGUCCUACAUACUACCAGAGAUUGAGACACAUGGUGGAUGAUAAGAUCCACGCCAGAGCAAGAGGACCAGUCCAAAUUCUAACGAGACAGCCUGUUGAAGGUAGAGCCAGAGACGGUGGUCUCAGAUUCGGUGAAAUGGAAAGAGAUUGUAUGAUUGCCCAUGGAGCUGCUGCCUUCUUGAAGGAGAGACUGAUGGACGCGUCUGAUGCAUUCCGUGUCCACGUUUGUGGUAUCUGUGGUCUGAUGACCGUUAUCGCCAACUUGAAGAAGGGACAGUUCGAAUGCCGUUCUUGUAAGAACAAGACGAACAUCUACCAGAUCCACAUUCCAUAUGCUGCAAAGUUAUUGUUCCAGGAGUUAAUGGCAAUGAACAUUUCUCCAAGACUGUAUACUGAUAGGGCUGGGGUGAGUACUCGUUAG